AUGUCAGCAGCACAGGAAGAAUUCGACCGCCUGGUAGCAACCAACACAGGCCCGUCGCAUACAGAGAGGAACACACACCCUGAGGACCGAGGACGAGACAGGGACGACGACUACGACGACCUCGACGAGGAAGAACGCUACAGGGCAGCCCAGGUAGACGCCGCCAUGCGCAUGCCCACUUUCGGCUCCGAGGGGGCCGGCGGUGCCGUCAUCAAUCUGCCCCCGCCGUCCUUCGACAGCGGCCGCGCCACCGGGGUGAAGGGCGUCAUUGCCGACGCGAGGAGCUAUGAGACGGCCAAGCAGGCCAAGUGGAAGUCGCGCGUGCGCCAAGCCAGGCGAAGCGUGCUGGGAAUGGGCGGCCUGCUCAACAGCGCUGCCUCGACCGACAAGAGCGAGUCCGGUGGCAGCGCCGACGAGCACGACGACGACGCCGACGGGGAGUUCCUCCAGCAGUGGCGCGAGUCAAGGCGGAGGGAGCUCGAGGCCGAGGCACAGAACGGUCCAGCCAUACGGAACAGGCGGACGUCGCCCAGUGUCCGCAUGUUUGGCAGGUUCGACGAGGUCGACGCCAUGGGUUAUCUGGACGCCAUCGAAAAGGUUGGCCGCGACACGGUUGUGGCGGUUUUUGUGUACGACAACGAGUGCGAAGUAUCAGCCGAGGUGGAGGCUGCGUUAAGGCCUCUGGUCACGGCAUAUCCCGCCGUGCACUUUGUCAAGGUCCACUACGACGACAUUGAAUUCGACAACGCCGCAGUGCCGGCGAUACUUGCCUACCGCAACCAGGGCGAUUUGAUUGCAAACCUGACCGGCAUAAUUGAGAUGAUACCUGAAAACGAAGACUUUAAUAGCGAGAGCCUCAAGAAGAUAUUCAAGAAACACAACUUGAUAUAA